AUGCAUAAUGCAACACUAAAUGCAAAAAUGCAUAACAUAACACUUACUCAAUUGACUGAUUCUUAUUUGAAAACAUUUAACAAGGAUUUGGCUUUAUUAAAAAUAUCUAAUUGUCAAUUUGAUAAAAUUGAAAAAGAUGCAUUUGAUCAUUUGAAACAUUUAAAUCUUUUAGAUUUGUCCAAUAAUAAAAUCAAAGAGAAAAUUCAUCCUCAAACGUUUACAAAAUUACCAAGUUUAGAAAUUUUAAUACUGAAGAAUGUUGGCAUCCAUGAUUUGGAAUUGAAUUUAUCAAAUGUUGAAGAAUUGAUAUUGUCAGAAAAUGAUAUAGAAGAUGUGAAAGAAAAUUCUAUACAGGGUCAUAAUGUUAAUUAUUUAGAUCUCAGUCAUAAUAAAAUAAAAGAAAUGAAUAAUUCGUUAAAAACAAUGUACAAAUUAUCAAUGAUUGAUUUAUCCAAAAACAAUAUAGAACAUGUUGGAAAAAAUGUUUUUGAAGAUAAUCAUAAUUUGUUGAGAAUUUUAGCUCCUGGUAACAAAUUAACAUCAACAGAGGGUUUCAAAUUACCAAAACUUAAAAGUCUGGAUUUGUUUGGAAAUAAAUUAAUUUCAUUAAAAUCAAAUUCAUUUGAUAAAAUGUUCUUUUUAGAAGAAUUAGGUUUAGCUGCUAAUCAAAUCCAACGGAUCGAAGAUCCAUUUUCGGAUUUGUACGAAUUGAAAUUUUUAAAUUUGGCAUGGAAUCACAUAGAUGAAAUAAAACCAUCUUUAUUCCGCAACAAUUUAUAUCUCAGUCAUUUAUCUUUGCAAGGCAAUCGAAUUCAAUCUCUCAAACGUUUCGACGCCAUUUUAAAUCAUCUUGUCAAAUUGGAUUUGUCGCAUAACGGUCUCGAAAUUAUCGAUGGCGAAUUUUUCACAUCUACGCCAAAUUUAAACGUUUUGGAUUUGAGUUUCAACAACAUUAAGGUUCUCUCAAAUAGUCUUCAACCUUUAAACAAUUUAAAAAUAAUAGAUCUUGCUUUUAAUAAAAUUAAUUUGACCGGUUUUGAAUUUUAUAAAAAUCAUCAACUCGCUCGCGUUAAUUUGUCAUACAACGGUUUGGAAGCAAGUUUGAAAAAUUUUAAAAAUAACGUUUUUCUAACGGAUUUGGAUUUGAGCAACAAUGCAAUUUCAAAUUUUUGCAAUUCGAAUGAGAAAAAAUUUGAGUCGUUAUGCGUUGUGGAUUUAAGAAAUAAUCCAUUGAUUUGUGGAAAGGAUUUGGAUGAAUUAGUGGUCGGAUUAGCCAUAAAAAAAAUUUCGCCAUUUAAAAUAAAUCAAAUCCAAUCGGAUAUUUCUCGUGAUCAGUGCAAGACAACAGGAACUUGA